GGAUUCCACUGAGGAGGAGCCUACCUUUCCGUUUGCCAGCUCACUCCCUACUAUGGGCCGUUAUGACUACCGACGAAAUGCCCCUCUACGAAUUCUCUGUUUUGCCCUUUCAUUCGCUCGCUGGCUCCUCUUCACCCUCGACCGUACGUUUUAGCUGUUAUUUUUUCUUGUUGCUUUUCUUUUCUUUUCUUUUUAGAAGAACAAAACUUUAAAUCUGCUUACUAGUUUUAAUUUAAAACUCGCAUGGGAUAUAACGGACUGAAGGGGCGAAACGUAGCGUCGUCCAAACGAGCUGAUUGAUACAUCUUCUUUCUUCUUCUCUGCAAUUCAAACCCUAGGAAUCCGUACUCAGCUCCAAAUCUCGAGCUUUGUAUCGCAAGUUUUGUCCAAGAAAACCCUAAAUUGUAGCUCCGUUUUUAGAUUUUUCUUUUGCAAAGAAAGCCUAGGGUUUGAUCCUCUCAAGUGGCGGGUUUGAGGUUGGAUUUGUUCAGGAAUGGGGAGCAGAAAAGAAGAAGAGCGAAACGAGAAAAUCAUAAGAGGUCUCAUGAAGCUUCCUCCGAACCGAAGAUGCAUCAACUGUAACAGUUUGGGUCCUCAAUAUGUUUGUACAAACUUUUGGACUUUCGUUUGUAUAACUUGCAGUGGGAUUCAUCGUGAAUUUACUCACCGUGUGAAGUCUGUAUCCAUGGCCAAGUUUACUUCUCAAGAAGUUGAAGCUCUUCAGAAAGGUGGCAAUCAGCGUGCAAGGGAAAUGUUUUUGAAUGAUUGGGACUCACAAAGGCGAAGAUUGCCUGAUAGCAGCAAUGUCGAUAAAGUGCGGGAGUUCAUAAAGAGUGUAUAUGUGGAUAGGAGAUAUGCUGGAGGGAAGAUCCAUGACAAGCCUCCAAGAGAUAUGCAGAGUCUUAGAAACCAUGAAGAUCAGACUCGAAGAGCCAGUUCAUACCACUCUUAUUCUCAAAGUCCACCUUAUGACUAUCAAUAUGAAGAUCGACGAUAUGGAAAACAAGCUGCUAUGCUUACACGGAAGCCUGGUUCAGAUCGAGGUCUCUAUGAAGGGAAAAUAUCUAGUUUUAUUUACAGCCCUGGUCGAUUCAGUGAGCAAAUGUACGAGGACAGGUUUGCAAAUGAGGGCUCUGUUUCUAGAGUUUCAGAUUAUUCUGUGUCUAGUGGAGGGGAUCCAGUCAGAUCUGAUACCCAGUCACCGAAUUUCCAGAAGGACACUGGAUUAAGCAGCCCUCCUAUUCACCCUCAUGGGGAUGCCUUAACUGAAGAUAUACAGCGUCAAUCAUCAAAUGUAUUCUCAGAAGCAAAUACCAAGAGAGAUGCGGAUGGGAUUCCACGCCCACAGAGAACUGUAUCUUUAGGCAGCGCUGGAUCAGCUGAAGGCAACUCAGUGUCUCUCAAGUCGGUAAAUUCUGGUGGUGUAGUGGAUGUUGGCUCAGAACCCGAAUGGUUGGCUGGAACCUACCAGGAUUUUAAGUCUACUUUUCAAUCUGUACCACAAUCAUCUUUUUGUCGAAAUUCUGGUGGCUUAGACCUUUUCAAGGCACCAGUUGCAACUGAAACUGUUGCAUCAUCCGCUUCAUCUAACAUUGAUCUGUUUCCGUCAUCAGUGACAUCAUCAGCUCCAUCUGUAGAUUUGUUUCAAUCAUCUCAAUUGUCUUCAGCUACACCUAUGCAUUUACACCCCUCUCUCCAAACCUCUGGGCCUCCACCUCCAAACUUAUUUCCUGAGAUUGGUCAGAAGCAGUCUGCAAUAACUUUGGCUAAAAACUCACCAGAGUCCUCUGUCCCAAAAAAUGAAGGGUGGGCAACAUUUGAUACAUCUCAAUCAACGGCUUCUGUUCUGGGAAAUGAAAAUCAAACCUCUGCAAGAGCUCCUUCUAGUGAAGUAAGUUCUUUUGGAAAAUUUGACCAAAAUUUAUCCUCAAAUCCGAGCAUUCAGUGGCCACCAUUUCAAAGUUCUGGUGCUUGUGGGCCGCCUCUGGCGAUGUAUAAUCCUUGGCCGGAGGGCAUGCAUAAUCAAGGCUCCACUGGCGCAAGCAUGGAGCCUUGGAAUGCUUUUGAAGAUUCUAUUAGCCAACUCCCUCUGGAGAGCGUUCCACACAGUGAUCCACAACUUCUGGCAUCCAAACCUUCUUUUUCAGCUGAUCGCUACUCAAGCCUAAAAGUUUCACAGGUAGGAACUCUGGCACAUGCAAGUGAUCGCAAAUCUACCAAUCCAUUUGAUAUUCCAUAUGAAUCCGAGGAGCCAAAUACGAUGUUUUUGGAUAUGAGCCCUCUGCAUUCUGCACUUCCAAAUGGGCAGUUGCAAACUUCCUUCCUUGGUGGUGCAAGUCAGCCAUGGUUUUCUCAAAAUGCAGUGGCAACUUUUAUCCCAGCUGCACCUCAAGGUGGCAUGGCAUACAUGGCUGGGCAAGCACCAGGCUCUCAGUUACCGAGUGUGCCAACACAGGGCCCUGUUGCUUCUAUUGGAGGAAAUCCUUUUGCAUGAGAUUCUGCUAGUGAAGAUAGUGUUCUAUCAGAGCGUCUUUCGGGUGACUAGUUGUCACUUCAGUUUCUUUCAUAAUCCUUUUUAUUUUAUUUUAUUUUUUUUAUAGUUCAUAUAGCCUAGUUCUUGCUUUCUGCCAAAUUUAGGCUUUUCGUUUGUAUCUAAAUUACAUGUAGUUAUGCAUGGUUGAAUUAGCUGCUGAAAUUGGAUUUGUCAUGUUCUCUUCUCUGGGUUAAAUGAAAGAUGUGGUUUGUGGAGUUAUUCA